GCGGCUUCCCGUCUGUGCAGUGACGUCACGGAGGUCAUGUGAUCGGGCCAGAGCAGAGCCAUCGGGCAGCCCAGGAAGCUGGCGGAGGAGGGAGAGCCCGGACAGGAAACCGAUCACCUGAUAUGACUGGCCGGUGACUGUGUGGCCCCGUGUGUCCGAUACCCAGAAGGACCCCUUAAGUGAUUCCUCAACUUCAUUGCUGCGUGGGCUGUUGUACAAACUUUCAUAAGACUUAUCUGUCCAAAUUUUAAAUAUGGCUAAUCGAGGGGGAGCCACAAGACCCAAUGGACCAAAUGCCGGAAAUAAAAUCUGUCAGUUCAAGCUAGUGCUUCUAGGAGAAUCUGCAGUUGGCAAAUCUAGCCUAGUGUUGCGCUUCGUAAAAGGACAGUUUCAUGAAUUCCAAGAAAGCACAAUUGGAGCGGCAUUUCUUACCCAGACUGUCUGCCUUGAUGAUACAACAGUAAAGUUUGAAAUCUGGGACACGGCUGGUCAAGAACGAUACCACAGUCUAGCUCCAAUGUACUACAGAGGAGCACAAGCUGCAAUAGUUGUAUACGACAUCACAAAUGAGGAAUCGUUUGCAAGAGCGAAGAACUGGGUGAAAGAACUUCAGAGACAAGCAAGUCCCAAUAUUGUGAUAGCUUUGUCUGGUAACAAAGCCGAUCUUGCUUCCAAGCGGGCUGUGGACUUUCAGGAGGCUCAAGCUUAUGCAGAUGAUAACAGCUUGUUGUUUAUGGAGACUUCUGCCAAGACAUCAGCAAACGUGAAUGAAAUAUUUAUGGCAAUAGCUAAAAAGCUUCCCAAAACAGAACCACAGACAAGUGGAGGCAACACGGCUAGAGGAAGAGGAGUAGACCUUACUGAAACUGCACAGCCUAGCAAAAGUCAAUGCUGUAGUAACUAAGCCUUCAUGUACUUUUAAACUGUAUUGAUAUUCUCUUGCUUCCUAAUUGUUAAAAUAACAAUUGAGUGUUUAACCCUUUUUCAGCCUCAGUGCCGGCUCUCCAGCGCAGUGUGCUGCAAGUCCCCUUGGUAUUAAUGACAUUAACAUGGCCCAGUGAGUCUUUAAACUUGGAGACUUACAGUGUGAGCUCACUCCUAAUACUGAGUUCUUUAAGUGCUGAAUCUGGUUUUUAACAUGCAUGCAUUAAUUUCUAAGAGCAGUUGAACAGUUUUGUGUAGUAAAUACACUCUUAAUAUUGAAAUUGAAUUUAAAGGCAAAAAAUAAAAUACUGUUGCCCCAUGUCGGACCUUGGAAAUAACUAAAAUAGCUUCUAUCUGUGAUGAAUUGCAGAUCCGUCUGCUUAGUAAAAUGACAAUUAUUAACUCACAAUAAAACCUUUUAAUCAUUUUGUUCUAAGUAAAUGAUUUUUAAUAAAAGGUGAAGAUAUAAAAUGGUUUCUUCUUCACAGUAUUCAUUGAAUUUCACUUUCUCUCUAGGUAAAGUGUACAUUCCGCUUCUUAAUAUAUAACAAUCAGCCACUAAUUGUUCUGCUUCUUAAAUAGGAAAAUAGUAAACAUAUACUGUUUGCUUCCACCAUUGUUUCUCAUUAGAUCUUUGGGGGAUAGACUUGUUUUAUUUUAAAAGCAAAUCCUUAAAAUCAUGUUUGAAUCCUGUGAGCUUUAUUAUUCAAAGUGAUUCGAGAUGUAAUUUUUUUUUUUUUUUCUUCAUGGAACACAGAACACUCUAGUAUCCGUUAAUUCUGCUUUUAUGGGGUUUAUUUUUGUCUUUGCCCAGUACAAAUACAAUGUUCUAACGAUUAUGUGUACUCCAUUUAGUUCUCUUAAAAUUGGAUGGUAAAAUUGUAUUGUAAAUAGGGUACUGGAUUGUAGUCUUCAUUUAUGUUUAAUAUGUUCUGUUACUUGUAAGAUUUGGUUAAAAUUGUACAGUUACUAAAAUGAUGAAAUAAAAAAGCUAAUGUUUUUCCUCUA